CAAAAAAAACUGUUCUUGGUCAUUUAUCACCCUCAGGGAUACUUACGUAACCAUUUAGCAAAAAUAAUAUUGAUAUAGUACUUUUGAAAAAAUACGUGUCAUUCUCAAACGUUGUGCGGGAACCCGCGAGGCGCGUUCACGUCUCAGGCGAGAGGAGCGUAUUUCGGAAGACUUUCAGGAUUCGGGAUCAGGUCAGGACGUCCAGGCUCGGAAACAAGUUCGGUACCGGAAGGUCCAAAAACGUGAAAAUAGCGAGCAAAUAUGGAGAAGAAGUGGCGGGCGAAUUGAACCUCCACCCCGGGGCCUGGCGGUGCCAUGGCGUCCCGGCUGCUGGACCGCUUGAAGCGCUCGCUCUUUAAAGGCGAUCAGGGGGCGGGGCCUGAGCAGGAAGCUGCGGGGGGAGCGGCAGAGCGGGGGUGGAGCGAGGACCGCUGGGAGGCGGAGCUCGAAGAGGAGGACGAGUGCGUGACGGAGCGACUCGGCGGCACGCUGUCCUUCGACAGCCGUGGCGAGGCGGAGGAUGAGGCGGAGGGGGAGGGGGAGGGGUCGGGGCUGGACAGCGACUCGGACUUCCUGGGCGAAUCCAUAGAGGAGGGGCUUAGCAGUACAGACGCCAGUCCUGUCGGCCCCUCCCCCUCCGGCCCGCUGACUCGGCAGCUGCAGGACGGCUGGCGGAGCCUGCGUGGGCUGGGCGGAGGAAGCCCCGCCCACAAGAUGCAUCGCCAGGCGGACAGUUUGUCGUUUGAGGUGACGGACGCCAGCGUGGUGCAGGACGGCGCCUCCAACUCUACACCGUCCACGUGGUCCAGUCGGGCGGCAGCGACAAGACCCCGGCCGUCAUCACUCGCCGCUAUUCCGACUUCCGCCGGCUGCACGCCACCCUGCGCCGUCGCCACGGGGACCAGAUGGAGCGCGUGGUCUUCCCGCGUAAGCCAGCGUCUUCUGCCACGCGGGCAAUGCCGUGGUCACUUCCUGUUUGCCCCCGCAGGUAAGAAGAUGCGCAAGAACUUCACGGCCGAGACCAUCGCCAAGCGCAGCCGCGCCUUCGAACAGUACCUGUCUCACCUGUGCGCCCUCUCUGGCCUCGGGGGGGCGCUGUGCGUGCGGCAGUUCUUCUACCUGGCCGACCUGCAGACUGGACAGCUGCUCAUCAGGGUGGGGCGGUACCAGGACGCCCUGGGUCCGCUGCUCAACGCCAAGAGGCUUCAGGACAAACUGGGCGGGGCCAUCCCCUGCGAUCCCGACUGUCCGGCCCCGCCUCCCCCGGGCUCCUCCCACUGGCUGUUCACGCUGGUGGGACUCGCCUGUUGCUUCCAGGAAGUGGACCAGCAGGAGGAGGCCCGGGACCACGUGGACCGCGCCCUGCGGCUCCUGGCCCCCGCCGGCGAGACGCCGGGUCCGGACAGGCCACACCCACUCCUGCUGCCGCUCCUACGGGCCGCCGUGCGCCUGUCCUGGCAGACGGGGAGGGACAAGCGGCGGUGGGAGGAGCUUCUGCGGGCGCUGGAGGAGCAGUGGGCGGGGCUUGGCGAUCAGCCAAGCAUCAAGGAGUUUCUGGUCAAAUGUGACCUGCAGGAAGACCAGGAGGAGGUCUAGUCGCGCAUGUGCACGCACGUGCACGCCCGUCACGCACGUGCACGCCCGUUAACAACAAACAGUAGGGCAUUCCUUUUAUUACAGGUUUUAUUAUGAUUGCUAGAUGUCAUAUUUCCUUUAUUUUGAAGAAAAACGGGAUAUUUUCUAUUGGAUAUUAAACGGAUUGUAAAUAAAUAUUAGUAUCAUAGUUCUUAGAAAAUAUGCGGAGAGGAAAAUGUUAUGUCCUUUCAUAGAAGAUAUGCUUUUUAUUGAGUCAAUUAAUUGUGUGUGUGUGUGUGUGUGCUGCUGCUGGUUGAAACUUGCUUGUAAGGUGGCAAGAGUGGAUGUGGUUGCCAUGGAGACCAGUGUGCGGGAUGGAAAUAGACUCUUGAUUUAAGGGAACAUGCGACCGUGAUGAUGUCAUCGCGUCGCUUUUAUAAAAUCGGACUUUAGUUGAACGCCAGUCUACUUUGUUGCAUUUUAAAGGGGAGCAGAAGUGGAAAGUGUUUAUUUGGGCAGUUCUCUCUGGCGCCACACUGUGGUCACUUGGGUGUUGCCAGCUGCCAUGUCCUGCUAGAGCAGGGGUCGGCAACCCAAAAUGUUGAAAGAGCCAUAUUGGACCAAAAAUACAAAAAAAAAUCUGUCUGGAGCCGCAAAAAAUUAAAAGCCAUAUUACAUGUGUCAUGAGAUAUAAAUUGAAUUAAGAGGACUUAAAGGAAACUAAAUGAGCUCAAAUAUAGCUACAAAUGAGGCAUAAUGAUGCAAUAUGUACAUAUCGCUAGCCUAAAUAGCAUGUUAGCAUCGAUUAGCUUGCAGUCAUGCAGUGACCAAAUAUGUCUGACUAGCACUCCACACAAGUCAAUAACAUCAACAAAACUCACCUUUGUGCGCUCACGCACGACGUUAAAAGUGUGGUGGACAAAAUGAGACAGAAAAAGUGGCAUAAAACACGUCCUAGAAAGUCGGAGAAAUUUAUACAUGUAAACAAACUAUACGGUGAGUUCAAGGACCGCCAAAAUAAGUAGGACAAAACGGCGCUCGCCAAAUACUCGAAUGAGUGAAGCAUAUUUAAUAUAAACAGUGUGAUUUAUAACAAUUAGGGGGUUUGUGUCAUGUUUGUCCUCCUACAGAAACCAUACUAAAACAAAAAAAUACCUUUUUUCCCCUCAUCUUUUUCCAUUCUUCAUACAUUUUUGAAAAAUCUCCAGAGAGCCACUAGGGCGGCGCUCAAGAGCCGCGGGUUGCCGACCCCCGUGCUAGAGCACAGGUGUCAAACU